AAUUCCCCAUUUUCCAUUUUUACAAAUACACACUUCGCUCCACCAACCCAGCCAACCAACGUCUCUCUCUCUCUCUCUGCCUCGACGGACUCUUCGAGGCCCUUCUCUCUCUCUCUCCGGCGCUCAGAUCUCGACGUCUGAGCCUCGAAAAUGCAGACCGCCGCCUUCACUCUCUCGCCGUCUCUCCCUCUCCUCAAGUCUCGCCGCCUCUCCGCCCAAGCCCCCACCCUCAGAUUCGCUCCCACACGUGUCUCCGCCUCCCUGAAGCCUGACACCGCUCUCACCUCCUCCACCAAUGACGGCCUCUCCGCCUCUCUCUCCCGCCGAUCCUGGUCCGUCUCCUCCAAUGACUUCAAGCUCAGGCCCUGGACCUCUCCGGCCGUCGAUCGGAGCCGUUUUGAGGUCGCGGCUGCUGCCGAGAGCUCCGGCGAGACCGCCGAGCCGAAGAGCAGCUUGUACAAGACUCUCGAGCUCGGGUCGUUAUUCGGCCUCUGGUACCUGUUCAACAUCUACUUCAAUAUCUAUAACAAGCAGGUCUUGAAGGUGUUCCCAUACCCAGCAACUGUUACUGGAAUACAAUUUGCUGUUGGGACUGUUGUUGUUCUGCUCAUGUGGGGUUUGAAUCUCUACAAGAAGCCGAAAAUCAGCGGUGCACAGCUCGCAGCAAUUCUGCCACUGGCCAUUGUUCACACUUUGGGUAACCUUUUUACUAAUAUGAGUCUUGGGAGAGUGGCUGUAUCAUUCACUCACACGAUCAAGGCUAGUGAGCCCUUUUUCUCAGUUAUCCUCUCUGCCAUGUUUCUUGGUGAGAUACCUACUCCUUGGGUGGUUGCUUCCCUGAUUCCAAUUGUUGGUGGAGUGGGACUGGCAUCAGUUACUGAGGCCUCAUUUAACUGGGCUGGAUUCUGGAGUGCUAUGGCUUCCAAUUUGACAAACCAAUCUCGCAAUGUCCUCAGCAAAAAGGUCAUGGUUAAGAAUGAGGAAUCUAUGGACAACAUUACACUCUUCUCAAUAAUAACAGUCAUGUCCUUUUUCUUGUUGACCCCUGUGGCCAUCUUCUUGGAAGGGGUGAAAUUUACUCCAGCGGCCAUGACAUCUGCUGGAUUGGGGGUUAAACAAGUAUAUACUAGGUCUCUUAUUGCUGCACUCUGCUUCCACGCAUAUCAGCAGGUUUCGUAUAUGAUAUUGCAAAGGGUAUCACCUGUUACUCACUCUGUCGGCAAUUGUGUCAAGCGAGUGGUGGUUAUAGUGAGCUCUGUUAUUUUCUUCAAAACACCCGUCUCACCUAUUAAUUCUCUUGGAACUGGGAUUGCACUUGCUGGAGUUUUCUUGUAUUCAAGGGUGAAGCGCAUCAAGGCAAAGCCGAAGACUGCUUGAAGUACUGUGACAAGAGUUUGUUCUUUGAUGGAGUUAGAUAAAAAUGUUCAAUUCAAUUGUAGAUCAGGCAGUUGGAACCUUUCUUUUUUGGUGGAAAGAAACAUAUUUCAAAGAGGGUUAAACCUCAUAGAAGGCCGGAACCUAAUUAGCUUGGCUCUUAUCAUUCAGUUUUAAAUUUUUGGCUUCUUGAUAUUUUUUGUGGACCAAAUGAUGUUUCGCAUCAUCUUUAGUUUUUGGUUUUACUUGUAAUCGAAAUUUUCCAGGGGUUUAAGAUUCAUGACUGAAUGUAGAAUGUAUUUUUCUUAUAUAAUGAAUCACGACUGAAAAUUCUGUCA